CUGUCCCAAAGUAUGACUAACUAGUAUCCACGUAUAUAAAGCAAGUCUAAAGACUUUUCCGUAUUCGUUUUGUUGAACAAAUAGAAUCAUACAGCCAGGAUGCUGAAGAUUGUGAUUGUUGCUGCUCUGGCCACGGCCAUAUUUGGCUUCCCCAGCUUCAGAGACCGUUUCCCUAACGGCUACGCUGUGCCCAACCCCUGCCCCGAGGGCGGCAACUGGACAGCGGCCGGUCACUUUAACGAGUCAGGUGGUGGUCCCGCUAACCCCUUUGGUGUGGACUUCCUGACUGAAGGCUUCCAAUGGACCGUGAAACUGUGCAACCUCGACUCUGAUCAAGACGGCAAGUCUAACGGAGAGGAGCUGGGCGACCCCACCUGUGCCUGGACCCCCUCCAACGGUUUCAAGGUGUCUGCCCCCACAGGCCACCCAGGCAUCUGCGAACCACUAGACGCCCCCGCCUGUGUAAACCAACAAAAAGUUUGCUAGCUAUAAUUAUCUAAUUAAAUUUUAUAAUGUAAUAAACACUUGACUAUCA